AGAAAAGACGAGUCAAUAUUUAUGAAUCUUGACAAUUUUACUCCAAUUGAAGAAACCAACCUAUAUUCCAAUAUUAAAAUCGGUAAUGGAGUUAAUAGAAUUACUGUUUUCAUUCCAAGUGGUUAUUCCCCAAUUUUAUUACGAAACAGUGAGAAUGUAAUUUCAAAAGAUAUGAUUAAGGAAUUGCCUGGAUUAAAUAUAAAAAUUCUAUCAUUUAUUUUAAAUACAGUAGCAAACACACUUUAUAAUAAAAAAUCA